AUGCUGGCGGUGGAGUACGCCGCGACCGAGGAUUACCAGAAAGCAGAAAGGGACUACCUGUUCCUGAUCUACAAGCUCGCCGUGAUCAUGGUGCUGCUGUGCUCAGUAUUCUCCGACCUCAAGGAGACGAUUAUCCCGCAGGCGACCUUCGUGGCGGCCUUCCCCUCCGCGGAGGCGCUGGAGCGGCGGGGCGAGGCGUCGAUCGAGGAGGGGACCGAAGUAGAUCCUCACGACGACGACCUGGUCAAAUACAAGAUCAAGGGCAUCACCAAGAUGCACCGGGUGUCCCUCUUCUUCGUAAUCGUAGCCCGCACUAUCAUGUUCUUCGUGCUCCUGAUCGUUGGCGUCAUCUUCCUGCUGAGGGAGACCGACUACCUGAACCUGAUACUCAACGGGCUUGGAUCGACUGCUCUUCAUCGUGGUCCUCCCGCAGGACCUGUACCACCAGCUGCUGAGCCCGUACCUGAGGGCGAAGGUCGAGAACGUGCAGCCCGUCGAGGUGCCACUCACCGGGUGCAAGUUCCUGAACCGCAACCCGCCCAGGACAUUGUGUGGUUCUGCGCCAUGGUCCUCAUCCUCGCGCUGAGCAUGUACAUGUACGCGGUGUUCAUCCUGCAGCCCGUCACGGAAGCGCUGUCGGACACACUGCGCGUGCCUCAGCGAGGGGCCCACGUGCAGAGAGGCGAAGGGCUUCUCCCGCAGCUUCUGGGACAACUACUGGCAGCACGAGGUGCCGGAGGUGAUCGGCGACAUCCAGGAUCGGCUCGAGUGGGACCACGGGAACUUGACCGACGCCCCCCCGAGAGACGAGGGGUUCAGGAGACCGACGAGCUACCAGGGGAAUUUCAAGUCCGAGCGCGUCAGGCGCGGCGGCAGGCGCGCGGGCCACGCGCGGGAGGCGCUCCUCGGCAGCGGCGCCGAGGUGCUCGAAGUGAUCGGCAGCGCCCGCGAGCUGGGAGAGGCUCCCGUGGCCACGGGGGGGACGGCGAGCAGUCACCAGGACGCCGCGGGCAACAAGCGGAAGGCCUACGCCGAGCACGCCAGGCAUUUGCGAGAUGCUGUGCGCGGGGCCAACCGGACCGACCACCUGCGGGAGUAGGGCUGCGCGGCCGCUCGAGCACGUGUGGUGCCGCCCCGGGUGACCCCGCGGGCGACACUGGCGAGGGCGGACGUCGCCGAUUCCGCGGCGACGUGGAGGGCGCUCUGCUGGUGUCCAAUUUGAUGGCUGAGGACAUGUCUCCUGUUGCGUCUUGGUAUCGGACGUGA